UCUCCCCGCACUAUUCCCCGCCUUGUUUCCCUCUUUCCACGUCGCGAGAGGCCUCUGCGCCCCAUCCGCUCAUCAUAAAAACCCACCACUCCCACUGCUUUCCCUCCCACCUCACCACACACCACGCCACUCGCCUCGCCUCGCACAGUCGCUCGCUCGCCCGCUCUAGCUAGCUCACAGCUCGCUCACUCGCUCUCCUCUUCCAACCAACUCCACCACCACCACCAGUCCACCACAGCGCGCGGCGCCAUGGACGACUCGUCGUUCGGUUCCGAGCCGACCACGUCCUCCUCGGGCGGGGAGGCGCCGGCCUCCCCGCCGUCCACCGCGUCGUCGUCCUCAGACGGCGCCGGCGGCAAGAAGAAGCGGCCGCGCAAGGACGGGCACCACCCGACGUACCGCGGGGUGCGCAUGCGGAGCUGGGGCAAGUGGGUGUCGGAGAUCAGGGAGCCGCGGAAGAAGUCGCGCAUCUGGCUGGGCACCUUCGCCACCGCCGAGAUGGCCGCGCGCGCGCACGACGUCGCCGCGCUCGCCAUCAAGGGCCGCGCCGCGCACCUCAACUUCCCGGACCUCGCCCACGAGCUGCCGCGCCCGGCCACCGCGGCGCCCAAGGACGUCCAGGCCGCAGCCGCGCUCGCCGCCGCCGCCGACUUCCCGGCCUCCUCCGCCAAUGCGGGCGCCAGCAAUAACCCCGACGGAUCGGACGACGCGAGCGCCGGGUCCGCCUCGCCGCCCCCGCCGCCGGACGCCGCUGACGACGCGCUGUUCGACCUCCCCGACCUCCUCCUCGACCUCAGAUACGGCCCGCCCAGCUCGGGCCUCUCGUGCGCGUCGUCUUGGGAAGACGAAGUGGGCUUAAUCUCCGGCGCCGGUGCCGCCGCCGCCGGCGUGUUCCGCCUGGAGGAGCCACUUCUGUGGGAGUACUAAAAGCCAAAGCGCCGCCGGUAAAACACUCGUCAGUGCUAAAAUCGAGCAGCCUGCAUGUACAACCCGUAAUUUUCCACGCAUGACCAAAAGAAUUCAUGCAUGCAAGCCAGCUACGGCCUACGGCGCACAGAAACUUGAGCCAAAAAAUCAGCGUCGUUUUGUCCUGCGUUUGCGUCGCCAAAUUUGGGAAGCAGACCAUGUAUAAAAAAUCAUCCUUCUUUUCCUUCAGUCUCUCCUUCCUUUGCUUGGAUUGUGGGGCAAGAAUAUGUGUCCGGUUAAUUAAUUUAUCAGCGCAUCUCCUUUUCCUCCGGGGGUCAUCCUAUAUUUUUUCUAUCUUUAGCGGGUAGUGCUAAAGGUGAUGAUCUACCCGGGAUUUGGACCUAAUGUGACACGAAAGAAAGUCUCUAAAUAAAGAUCGAUGCUGCAUGCAUUUGCCCGCACCUUUGAAA